UAGCAACAUGGAUGGUGAAUAAGGGUCUUCAUGUAUAAUGCAUAUCGUAAUAGUUGCCACAGAUUGUAAGUUGCCUCUUUAGUCUAUAGUUAGGUUUUAUGAAUCUGUGGUUGGUUGCCUUUGCUUUGGAGUUUGGCGUUCUUUGAAUUUCCGAUCUGGCGGCUUAGUAUUUUAGGUUAUAAAUACGAAAAAUUAUUUGGGAUUUCCAUUGGUUUUAUUGUACAGUUGCAGAUACAAAACAAAAAAAUGGCGGCGGCUAUGCCAAUCAACCCGAAACCUUUCCUAAACAGUCUAACGGGUAAAUCAGUUUUAGUAAAACUAAAAUGGGGCCACGAAUAUAAGGGACUGCUGGUAUCAGCAGACGGUUACAUGAAUUUACAACUAGCAAACACCGAGGAAAUCGUCGACGGGAACUGCACAGGUAAUCUCGGUGAAGUUCUAAUUAGGUGUAACAAUGUGCUGUAUGUCCGAGGGGCAGAGGAAGAAGAUGAGGAGGGGGAGAUGAAAGAAUAGCAUCAGGCUUAGUCUCCUAGUUAUAGGAGUGGAUAACCUGGAUUGAUUCAAUCAAUCCUGAACUGAGAAUUCAUAAUUCUCAAUACAAACUUUUUACAUUCAUUAUUAAUGUGCAAAAUUCACAGUUGUGUAAAAUAUUUUUGACUAACCCAGUGUAUAUGCAAGAAAUUACAUUUUACUUAUGUCAACAUUGUGGCAAAAUUAUUGUAACUGUCCUUAAAUUGUCAUUUUAGUAUAAGUAAUAUGGUGAUAAGAGAUCAGGUCAUUAUUUAUAAGUGUUUAAUGAUAGCAUUUUAGUGAUUUAAUAUUUUGUCCUAUGAAUAUACUUUAAUGCUGGCUAUAUAUCUCUUCAAAUGGUAAAGAACUGUCAUAUGGUAUAGAAAAUAUCAGUGAAAACUUAUCCAAGUUUUAUUUUUUAAAUAUUUAUAUUAUAAGUGCACACUGGAGUAAUAUCAUAAUUAAAACAAGAUAUAAUGACUGUUUUACGUUUAAAAUAUGAUAAUAUUAUAACUAUUCUAGCCACUAGAAGAACUGCAACAGAUAACCAUUUAUGGGAGCUUUAUAAGUUUUGUACAUUGUAUGGAUUAGAAGUGUACGGGAGAUAUUCAGCACUAGAUAAUAAGACUAAUUUGAAGUAAA